GGAGUUAGCAUUGCUCAAUCUUAGGUGGAAGUGUUGGCAAAAAAUUAACUUUUCUUAUUCAGAGACAAUCGUGAUAUCUAUAUAAAAUGUAUUGUUGUUAUUCAUCAUCUGUUAUCAUGAAAAAUGUACAUUUAGUGGUUUGUUGUGUGUUUUUGGGAAGUUUAGUAAUGUGCGAAAUAAGUAACAGCAAGUAUGUAACAACUUCCACACGAUCGUCAGUAAUGAGUAUACCAAAGCAAGAAUCAAUUAUACUAGCAACAAUUAAAGAUCAAAAUAAAACGUUAGAUUUAUCGACUUCAACCAAAAUUCCCAUAAUAAGGCAAAAUGAAAUCACAACUCCAGAGAGCACUACUCGUACAGAAACCGCUAACACAGAACCUGUCAUAGAUUUAGAGUGUCCAGAAUUAUCCACCAUACCCAACUUACAUAAAUAUACACAAGAGGAACUUAUUUUACUAUUAACUGAUGGCUGUCGAUAUGAUAGACUUAUAAAGCCACCUGAAGAACAAAUAGAAGUAUUUUUCCGAAUGGAUAUAACUCACAUUGAGUCAGCAGAUCAUUUGCAACUUAAAGCUCACAUUUUGGUCCAAAUGAGGUAUAAGGAUAUCAGAUUAAGUUAUUCUGCUUUGAGUCCAAACAAACGAUUUAUUAGAGGAGGAGAAGAUUUAAAAGACAGAAUCUGGGCACCGCAUUUGAUUCUAUCUAAUGAAAAGGAAUCAAGUCUUAUGGGUUUAAGUGAUAAAGAUAUAUUUAUACAAAUAAACCCAGAUGGAGAAGUUGUAUACGGAUAUAGACUAAGUACCUCAUUCUAUUGCUGGAUGGACUUAAAAAAGUUUCCGUUUGAUCGACAGACAUGCGAUCUUACAUGGGUUAGUUGGGCAUAUAAUGCUACCGAUCUAGCUAUAGAAUGGGAAACAGUUUCUCCAUUUACGAUAGGAAAAAAUCUUCAUUUGACUGAAUUUAUUAUAGAGGAAAGUUGGACAGAAUCGCAUAUUUUGCCAAAUCAAUUUUAUCAAGGUGGACAAGGUAAAAGUGGAAAUUACAGUGCCAUAGUGUUUAAAUUUAAUCUUAGAAGAGAAGUCGGUUAUUAUAUAAUGGACUAUUUUCUGCCAUCUAUACUACUGGUGUGUACAUCGUGGGUUACGUUUUGGUUACAAGCUGAUGCUUCUCCUCCCAGAGUUGUAUUGGGUACUUCAACUAUGCUUGCAUUUAUUACGUUAAACGCCAAUUUAAGCAAAAAUUUGCCCAAAGUUUCAUAUAUAAAACUAAGCGAAAUUUGGUUUUUAGCAUGUACAAGUUUUAUAUUUUUUUCACUAGCUGAGUUUGCUUUUGUAAACGUAAUAUGGAGACGAAAGAAAAAAGUAGAACUGAAGAAAAAUAGUAGUAAACACAUAUUAAAAGGUGCUAUAACUCCCAGUCUAGCGAGAAGACAUGUAAGAAAAGCAAACUCAAUGAACAACCUUCAUAAAACAAGAUCGUGUAGCAGCCUUGAUAAAGAACAGGAGGAAAAGAACAUACAACAAAAUUAUUUAACUGUUCAUAGUUUCCCAAGCUCUUUAAUUAUUCCGACUAUAACGCAUAGCCAGGAUGAUCUCAUGGAUGAUAGCUCAGUUACUACAGUUCCUGUUCCCGAAGCACAAAACCAGCAUACCUAUCAUCUACCUGCUCAUUUCACCACUAUGACUCCACAAGAAGUAGCUAUGUGGAUAGACAAAAAGUCAAGAAUUGCUUUUCCAGUUGCAUUUUUAAUUUUUAAUGUAUUUUAUUGGUUAUUUGCAUAUAUCUUGUAAUCAUUAUAUUUUGAAAAUAUUUUAACUGUGAUCUGAAGUGUACACAUAGACUGCCAAAAAUGUUAGUUGUUAGCUAUAUUACUUUCCUUGUACUUGUUAUAAUAAAACCCUGACUUGUGA